AUGUCACAUAUUGGUUAUUACCUAUUAGCUUUGACUGUAUGUGGUUUACUUCAUGAAGCAGGCCAUGCAAUUGCCUCUUAUAGUCAAGGGAUUCCCAUUCAAAGUUCAGGCAUGUUUGUUAUGUACCUUUAUCCAGGUGCAUUUGUCAAUAUCUCAGAUCAAUCCUUACAGACGUUGAGUCCUUUUAAGCAAUUGAAAAUCAUGUGUGCAGGUGUUUGGCAUAACUUGGUACUAUAUGGUUUUACUUUCUUGGCUCUCUCUGGUGGACUUAAACUAUGCUUACUGAUAUUAGGAUGGCAGUCUCUAGAAGGACUGGGAGGCGUGAGUGUAGUACAAGUACGUGGUAAUUCACCUUUGGCGCCUCAUUUGCUUCCUUCUACUGUGAUAUACCAAUUAGACGAUUUUCCGUUAACAAACAAUAUAGAGGAUUGGAAUGCGCACUUGUUUGUUGAAGAUGGUAGACAUCAAAUCAACAAAGGAUUUUGUGUUGCAAAAGAAUUGUUUUCAGAAGAACAGUCGAUUGAUUGUUGCCAAAUAAGUGAUACAUAUCCUUUUGGUCAAUCAACAAACGCUUCCAUUUCUUGCUUUGAAUCAUUUCCUAAGACAGGACAAAAGAGUUGUUUACCAACACUCUCUGUAUUGUCAUCAACAAAUACUGAGCGUUGUAACAUGAAUUUAGACUGUUCUGGUGAUAUGAAUUGUGUGGUACCUUACACGCCAUCUGCUACAGGCCAAGUAGUACGAAUAUAUGCACGCUUUCCAAGCUGGAUAGAUAUUGGUGAAGAAAAUAAUGAAAAGAUCUUUAUCUUUGAAGGUGAAUUGGUUGAUAUUUGGGAAAGUGUCAAAGUGAGCUUAUUAAUUCCUCGUUAUUGGAUCUUGCCUUCUUCUUUACCGCAUGUAUUGGAGCUGUUAUUGAGGUACGAGGAAAGAAAACAACUAGUUGAUUUAUGA